AUAUACUUAUUAAUAAAUGUUUGAAACGUGCUUAUAUAGCAAGUAAGAUGAGCAUAUAUAUAGAGAUAUAUAAACAUUUACACAAAGCAUUGUAGUUUAACUUUCCCACGGCGGGUACAUGGCCGCAGAGAAUGGGUUUCUUCCUCAGUUCGUAGACCAGACAAAGUUUUACAACCAGAUAGUUCUGAGUCACCUCUUGCCGGCGAAUCUAUGGGAGCCUUUACCACGUUUCCUCCAAACAUGGCUCCGAAGCUACCUCGCCGGAAACUUAUUUUACUUCCUCUCUGCCUUCCUCUGGUGCUUCUACAUCUAUUACCUUAAACUCAAUGUUUACAUCCCCGAAGAUUCUAUUCCUACAAAAAAGGCAAUGAUAAUGCAAAUACAUGUAGCAACGAAGGCUAUGCCUUGGUACACACUCCUUCCAACUGUUUCUGAGUAUAUGAUCGAGCGUGGUUGGACCAAAUGUUACUCUACACUUGACCAAUUCAACUGGUUCCUCUGUUUGACUUACAUCGUGCUCUAUCUUGUUUUUGUUGAGUUUGGGAUGUAUUGGGCUCACAGACAGCUUCAUGACAUUAAAUUUCUGUAUAAGCAUCUCCAUGCCACCCACCAUUUGUACAACAAACAAAACACACUCUCUCCAUUUGCUGGGUUUGCGUUCCAUCCGUUGGACGGGAUACUUCAGGCUUUACCGCACGUGAUAGCUAUGUUCAUAGUGCCAGUUCAUCUCAUAACGCAUCUGAGUCUUAUGUUUUUGGAAGGGAUAUGGACAGCGAGCAUCCAUGAUUGCAUCCAUGGUAACAUAUGGCCUAUAAUGGGUGCUGGAUACCAUACCAUACACCAUACAACAUACAAGCACAACUAUGGUAACUAUACUAUUUGGAUGGAUUGGAUGUUUGGCACCCUUGAGAUUCCUGUAGCCGAAGAUGACAGCUUCUAUGAGAAAGCAAAGUGAGAUCAAUUUUCAAAGUUCACCUUUGUUUACCCUUGCAUGCAUAUGUUAUUCUUCUCCUGAGCCUUAAAAGCUUUGUAAUCACUUUGUUGGAAUAAGAAACAUGACUUACACAA